GGCUGCUUUUGGUCACGGCGCCAGAUCUCUCCAAGCUGGGCUGCGGAGCCCGGAGGAGGAGGGAGGAGGGAGGGGGGAGGAGGAAGGAGGGGAAAGGGGAGGGGGUGCCUGGAGAGGCGGCGGCUCCAGCGCCUGCGCAUCCGGCUCCAGGGAACCCUAGGUUUUCUAUGGGAUUCCCAAACUGCAGCAGAGACUUACCGGAGCGGGCUGCAGCGACUGCUGGGCUUGCAAGGCGCGAUUCAAGAAGGAUUUAAGCAGUCUAGAGCUCCACAGAAAAAAAGAGCGUGAGAGAACCAUACACGGAGACGGCUUAACCGUUUAUCCGAAUUAAAUAUAUUUAUUUACAAGGAACUGUUGAGUUCUAUCAUUUUCGCUAAGUGACCGUGGGCAGCGCUAUAACAGCAGAAUGGGGAAACAGAAUAGCAAACUGGCCCCCGAAGUGAUGGAGGACCUGGUGAAGAGCACAGAGUUUAAUGAGCAUGAACUCAAGCAGUGGUACAAAGGAUUUCUCAAGGACUGUCCAAGCGGGAGGCUGAAUCUCGAGGAAUUUCAGCAGCUCUACGUGAAGUUCUUCCCAUAUGGAGACGCCUCCAAGUUCGCCCAGCACGCCUUCCGAACCUUCGACAAGAACGGGGAUGGCACCAUCGAUUUCCGAGAGUUCAUCUGCGCCCUGUCCAUCACCUCCAGGGGCAGCUUUGAGCAGAAGCUGAACUGGGCCUUCAACAUGUACGACCUGGAUGGUGACGGCAAGAUUACCCGCGUGGAGAUGCUGGAGAUCAUUGAGGCUAUCUACAAAAUGGUGGGCACCGUGAUCAUGAUGAAAAUGAAUGAGGAUGGCCUCACGCCUGAGCAGCGAGUAGACAAGAUUUUCAGCAAGAUGGAUAAGAACAAAGACGACCAGAUUACACUGGAUGAAUUCAAAGAAGCUGCAAAGAGCGACCCUUCCAUCGUAUUACUUCUGCAGUGCGACAUUCAGAAAUGAGCAGAGAUACAACACUAUGGACUUCACAAAAGUCUCAAUGUUCCGUUCAGUCUGCAGCUAUUGACACACACACACACACACACACACACACACACACACACACACAAAAAUGUUGCUUGGACUACCUAUAAAUGGACUUGCUUCUUGUGUUUGAAACACUUGUGUGCAUGAGAAUGUCAUUUGCUAAUGAAUUUUAAAAGCAUAUAUUAUAAAACAAACAACCUGCCACAAUGUGAUAUGUGUGAUAUCAUUUCAUUAAAAAAAAAAAAAAAAAACCUUCCUCCUCCAAAGCCUGGGCAGAAAUGUGCUGCAAAGAGUUGUAUGAUUUCUUGUUCAUGUUUUGCUAAUGCUCGUGUCUCCUUGAUUACAUAAUGUUAGUAGCACUGAAACCCUCACGGUAAUGUAACUGAAUUAUAAGCUGUGUCACCAUUCUCCUGUAAAAUAGUACUGGACACACAGAGGGGCCCUUGACUCCUCUGUGUGGUCCACACACAAGAGCUUGUAUUAUCAGUGAAUAUAAAUGUACGAAAUUUGCAUGCCUUUUAGGUUUGCCUUAAUUCUUACCUCAUUUGCAUCCUAUCAAUCUGGAAAGAGCUGUGUUGGAAUUAAUGCAGUAUAAAACUUAAAAACACUGCUAAAUGACUCAUUAAUUAAAUAUAUCUAUCUCUAUAUACAUAUACUCAAAGAUAUUAUUUAUUGAAAGUAAAAAAAAGAUGUAUGUGUAUUGAUUUUGCUUGAAUUUUCAAAGGCUUCCAAAGAGGUGGCAAUAGAUGUCCCAAAUAAAUUUAUAACAUUUGACUUUUUCCCUCAGUUCUUAUCUCAGGAUUUUAAAUUUGAAACAGAUGUUCAUAACUGUCAAGGGUCAACAGCAACAACUUACUAAAUUUACCUUUGAACACACAACUUGGGAAUUCAAAGACUUAGUGACAACCAAAGGGAAAAAAGCAACUUCCCAAUGCUUCAUCCUGGCCCUCAAAGGAGGGACAAUUAAUAUGGCGUGUAAAUUUUAAAUAAAACAUAAAACUUGCUCAUUCUCAAAAAAUGCUCACUAUAUGACAAUAAAUGUUUUCUCAGUG